AUGGGAUUGGAGUCACCAUCUUUGACUGCUAGAGCAUACUUCAAAAGCAAAUAUGGUCAUACUCCAGUUGACGAUCGGUGGUCUCUUCGCGGAAAGACAGCCCUCGUUACCGGUGGCACUCGUGGAAUUGGGCGUGCGAUUGUGGAGGAAUUGGUGGGUUUUGGGGCGAGAGUGCAUACUUGUUCUCGGAAUGAAGGUGAGUUGAGACAGUGUUUGAGGCAUUGGAAGGAUUUGGAAUUUGAGGUUUCUGGGUCAGUCUGUGAUGUGUCUGUUCGAGCUCAGAGAGAGGAGUUAAUGGAGAAUGCGGGUAAUACUUUUGAUGGGAAGCUCAACAUUCUUGUGAAUAAUGUGGGAAGAAAUAUACGAAAGCCAACAACAGAAUUCACAGAUGAAGAAUUUUCUUUUCUUAUGAAAACCAAUGUUGAAUCAGUCUUUCAUUUAUCACAACUUGCUUACCCUCUUCUAAAAUCAUCUGGCGAGGGAAGCAUCGUAUUCAUGUCCUCAGUCUCAAGUUUUGUGUCUCUGAAGUCCAUGUCCGUUCAGGGAGCGACCAAAGGAGCUAUCAAUCAACUCACAAAAUAUUUAGCUUGUGAAUGGGCAAAAGACAACAUAAGGAGCAAUGCAGUUGCCCCGUGGUACAUCAAAACGUCAAUGGUGGAACAGGUGCUGAGUAACAAAACAUACGUAGAAGAGGUAUAUUCCCGAACCCCGCUUCGACGGUUGGGAGAACCAAGUGAAGUAUCAUCCUUAGUUGCAUUCCUUUGCCUACCUGCUUCAUCUUAUAUUACUGGCCAAAUCAUUGGUGUUGAUGGAGGGAUGUCUGUUAAUGGCUUUGACCCAAAAUAACAUUUGAAUUAACAUCUUCUGUUUGUCCCUAAUCCCCUCUCAGAUAUGUCUAGUUUGAGUGUCGAUUUUUCUUUCA